GCAACACAGGUCUAUCCUCCAUCUUCGCACAAAAGAUCAAUCUACCUUAUCGUCAAACAUGAAGCUAAUUUUUCUAAGUCUUUUGCCAGCGGCGUCGGCCUACUACACGUGGUACACCAACGACGGAUGGUCUAAGCCAGCUGAUUAUAACAGCCAGGCGUGCGCGUCAAACCCAAACGCAUAUUAUUUCUGCGGUGUUCAAGCUGGGACUCGAGGUGAAAACCCAUACCCCAACGCCUUUCCUCGUGGACGCAAUGGUUGUAUCCUCGCGGACACUCAGGCUAGGGGAUGCGACUGGGAAGGAGCUGUUGGCAUUGUUGUUUGCUGUUGAAGGAAAAUAAGCAGAGCUCCCUGUGAUGGCAUGAAGCCCAGUUAGUAAGCCCUCGAUGAUAUCUUAGUCACAUGCAUAAGCGCAUGGUACGGGUCUGAAAGACGCUU